ACUCUCCGCCAAGGUUCUCAAACCAUUAUUCGGUCGAUCGGUUCAACCUAGUUCGAUAAGAGGUAGUCAUAUAAACAGUUGGAAUAAAUUCUAGUUGGAGGAUUCUGGGAAAAAGUCAAAAUCGAGUUAAACCAGUCAAAACAGGAUGAUCUAACGAGUUAAAAUCGAGUUCAACCAGUCAAAAUCGAAUUUGAAAAUGAGAAUUGAUAAUUUGGUAAUAUAUAAAUGUAGAUUAGUGAAAUUUUUUUCAAAUAUAUUAAAUAUAUUCAGAAUUUAUUUAAUAUUAGAAAUUUUCUCACAUAUUCCAUUAAAAUCGGGUUAAACUGGUCGAACUCAAUCCUACCCUACUAUUAAACCUCAACAAUGGCUUGACAACUUUGGUCCACGCGGAUUAAAUCACAAAAUAUUACCACCGUCGGAUUGAAGCUUCUAGCAUCAACGCCUGGAAUUAGUUUAGUAGUAUCACUAAGCCCCGAAUCUUUUCCCAUUUCAAGCUAGUGCUGCUACUCGCUGGAGCCCAGGGUUUGUCUCAAAUCGGCGGCGUGACUACCUCCAGCUUCUAAACCCCGUCCGCCGUCGCUUGAUCUUCUCACUUUUGGUGCGAUCACAGCUUCCCAGAACCGCAGGAUCAGCAAUAAUGAAGUUCCAGAUAGAGGAGGUGACAGUCUACUUCCCGUAUGACAACAUCUACCCAGAGCAAUACACGUACAUGGUGGAGCUGAAGCGAGCCCUAGAUGCGAAGGGCCAUUGCCUCCUGGAAAUGCCUACAGGGACGGGGAAGACCAUUGCACUUCUUUCUCUAAUCACGAGCUACGCUCUGGCUAAGACUGAGAGCCCAAUCAAGCUAAUCUACUGCACGCGGACGGUGCACGAGAUGGAGAAAACCCUCGCCGAGUUGAAGUUCUUGCAUAAUUACCAGGUUAAGCAUCUAGGGGCGGCUGCAAAGAUGUUGGCGAUCGGCUUGUCGUCGAGGAAGAAUCUUUGUGUCAAUCCGAAGGUUUCGUCUGCUGAGAAUCGGGAUUCCGUCGAUGCUGCUUGUAGGAAGCUGACGGCGAGUUGGGUUCGAUCUAUGGCCGCUGAAAAUCCAAAUCAGCCGACCUGUGAGUUCUAUGAGAACUAUGAUAGAGCAGCGGGUGGUGCCGUGUUGCCUGCCGGAGUGUAUACGUUAGAGGAUCUAAGAGCUUUUGGGAAAGAGAAAGGCUGGUGCCCGUACUUCUUGGCAAGGCAUAUGGUUCAGUUUGCAAAUGUGGUGGUUUAUAGCUAUCAGUACCUGCUUGACCCAAAGGUGGCAGGGAUUAUAUCCAAAGAAAUGCAAAAGGAGUCUGUGGUUGUAUUUGAUGAGGCACAUAACAUAGACAAUGUCUGCAUUGAAGCACUUAGCGUGAGCGUCAGAAGGCAGACCCUCGAAGGAGCUAUAAGAAAUAUUUCUAGGAUAGAGAACGAGAUUGACAGGUUCAAGGACAUUGAUGCUGGUAGGUUGCGGGCUGAAUACAACCGCCUUGUUGAGGGUUUGGCACUAAGAGGUGACCUAUCUGCCUCUGAUGCUUGGCUUGCCAACCCUGCAUUGCCUGAUGAUAUUUUAAGGCAAGCAGUUCCUGGGAAUAUUCGUCGAGCAGAGCAUUUUCUGCAUGUCUUGCGUAGAUUGGUCCAGUAUCUGAAAGUAAAGUUGGAUACAGAUAAAGUUGAAAAAGAAAGUCCCGUUAGCUUUGUGGCCUCUAUCAAUUCCGAUGCUGGAAUUGAUCAAAAAGCGCUAAAGUUUUGCUAUGAUCGCUUACAUUCCCUUCUAAUGACAUUGGAAAUAACCGAUACAGAUGAAUUCCUCCACAUCCAAACAAUAUGCGACUUUGCAACCCUUGUUGGGACCUAUGCUCGUGGAUUUUCCAUAAUAAUUGAGCCUUUUGAUGAGAGAAUGCCACUGAUCCCUGAUCCUGUAUUGCAGCUGUGCUGUCAUGAUGCUUCACUAGCUAUCAAGCCUGUUUUUGACCGGUUCCAGUCAGUUGUGAUAACUUCUGGAACUCUUAGCCCAAUUGAUCUAUACCCCCGACUCCUCAACUUCCAUCCAGUCGUCAGCCGUAGCUUUAAAAUGUCCUUAACUAGAGAUUGCAUCUGCCCGAUGGUUCUCACUCGUGGAAGUGAUCAACUUCCAGUUAGUACCAAGUUUGACAUGAGAAGUGAUCCGGGUGUUGUAAGGAAUUAUGGCAAGCUCUUGGUGGAGAUGGUCUCUAUUGUUCCAGAUGGAAUUGUUUGUUUCUUCGUCAGUUACUCGUACAUGGACGGAAUUAUCAACAGUUGGAACGAGAGUGGAAUUCUGAAGGACAUAAUGCAGCAUAAGCUUGUAUUUAUUGAGACUCAGGAUGUUGUGGAAACCACAUUGGCUCUUGACAACUACCGAAGGGCUUGUGAUUGUGGUAGAGGGGCUGUCUUUUUCUCAGUUGCCAGGGGAAAAGUAGCCGAGGGAAUUGAUUUUGAUCGACAUUAUGGCAGACUAGUAAUAAUGUUUGGUGUUCCUUUCCAGUACACAGAAAGCAAAAUAUUACGUGCACGGUUGGAGUAUCUGAGGGAUACAUUUCAAAUCAAGGAAGGCGAUUUCCUGACAUUUGAUGCCUUGAGACAAGCUGCACAAUGUGUCGGCCGUGUGAUCCGUUCAAAGGCUGAUUACGGAAUGAUGAUCUUUGCUGACAAAAGAUAUAGUCGUCACGACAAGCGGUCUAAGCUGCCUGGGUGGAUACUAUCACAUUUGCGCGACGCAAACCUUAACUUGAGCACAGACAUGGCCUUACAUAUAGCUCGCGAGUUCCUUCGAAAGAUGGCUCAGCCAUACGAAAAGACCGGCUCCACAACUGGUCGGAAAACACUCCUGUCGCAGGAAGAUGUCGAAAAGCUGGGCGGCAAUGGCGCCCAGGAGAUGCUGUAUUAGCCCCAGAACUCUGUACAUCUUUCCCCAUCUUGUAGCUCUCGAAUGUAAAUAUAAUUCCACGCGAGAAGCUUCCUUUGCAGCUCCACAAUUUUGACUGUGAAUCCAUGUCUUUUUUCUUCUUCCGUUGCUGUAUGCUAUAACUGUCUUUGCAUAUUCAACAGCGAUUUAGAGUCCAUAUUGUAUUCAGUGUCCUUCUUCAGUUGCUGUACACCACCACGCUUGCCGCCAGGCGCCAUCAUCUUCCCUCCCCUUGGCUUCUCUUCUAUAGCCACGGCUGCGCUCCCGCGCCUCUGCUCUCGUUCAGCUUCUCCCGCAGUCGCCGCUCGACCAUCACGUGGUUCGUGCUCAGCUGGUCACUCAGCCGGCGGCUUCGCGUGAAUAGGACGCUGAACAAGCUGUGGAGGAGGAAUUUGGAUAUGGUCACCAGUUGGAUUUUGGAGGAUGGCCCUCCAUUUCCCAUCCAAUGCUCCAUAAAAAUGGGCCAUUAAAUUAAAAGUCGAGAUUCAUAAGGAAAAAGUAGUAGUGGAGAGUGAGGUCAACAACCGAAAAACAGCUAACGAAAAACUGUUUUUUGGGGUUCGUGGACUGAAAAAGAGCUGAUUCGAGAGAGUAGAGAAUGCAAGUUCCGGGAAAUGUUGAAUAUGACUUCUGUUUUGUACAAAAUAUAUUUUGGGAUCAGUAUGAAUAUGUUUUGUGUUUAGUAAGAAUAUGAUUUUUAAUACGUGGUAUAUUAUUUUGACAAAAGUAUUGAAAAUUACGAAUAUACAAAUCACAUUUAUGGAAUACGUUUUUUUUAUGUAAUGCAAUAUUUUUUUUGUUAAAUACGAAUAUAUUUUUCUAAUGUGUAUUUUUGUUCAAUACAAAUAUAACUUUUUGUUCAAUACAAAUAUGUCUUUUGUUCAAUACAAAUAUGAUUUUUGUUCAAACAGAAUAUAUGUAUACAACUUGUAGAUAAUAUAUAUAAAUUUCAUUUUGUUAAACAUAAAUGGCCCACUUGUCAAUUACUUUUUCAGGUCGUGGGUCCCAUAAUUCACUGUUUAUUUUCCUAAUAGAUCUGAGCCUUUAAUUUAAAAAGCAACAUUUGUGGGCCGUUGGAUGGAAAUGGAGGACCAUCUUCCAAAAUCCAACUGGUGGACCAUAUCCUGGGUGGUGGAGGAGGAGGUGGUGGGCCAUCGACCGAAACACUAGAGCCAGCGGGGUUGGAGGAUAGGUUUAGAAGUGUGUGUCUGCCUAAGAAAGCUAUUUCAUUGACUCCGACAAUUGGAGUUUGACGGAUCAAUCAGCUUUCAUCAUUAGUGAUCUCCAAGAAUAAACAAGCAAAGGCUAAGUCAACAACUCUCCAAGAAUCUAGCCUUCAAAUAUGCUCCCUCCCAUGUAGGGAUGACAACAAAACCCGAACCCACGGUUACCCUACCCGACUCAACCCGGUCAACGCGAGUAAAACCCCCGUUGAUGGGUUUUGGGUCGGGUUCAGGUUUAAACCCGUACACUAUUCACCAGGUUGGGUUUGGGUUUAAGGAUACACGCUCACAUUUAUUUCAUCGCCCUACUCUCCCCAAACCCUACCCUAAUUCUAAUUUUCCCCAAUCUAACUCUCACUACAAUUAUUCCGUGUGAUUUUGUUUAGUGUAAUUGUGAUUUGUUUGAAUUUUCUAGACUGGUGUUUUAUGUAUGGAUAAUUUGUAUGGGAAAAUUGAUGUUUGAAUGUUAUUUUGAUAGGAACUUGUUAUUGUAAUUUUUUUUACCACGAAAAUCCAUGGGUACCCAUGAAUCUGCGGAUAGCCAGCGGGUUGGGUUGAGUUUUCCAAACCUAAUGGGUUUUACCCCAGGUUUUUUUAACGGAUAAACCCAUGGGUUUGGA